CUCCUCUGUUCGCAACUCUCCCCUCUCCUCCCAUAUUUCCCCAUCUCCUUCUCAAUCUAGAACUGGCCUGUGAUUCGCUUUUCACGAGUUCAAAGACGCUGCCAUAUUGAGGAGGAGUAAACCCGAGCCGGCAAGAUGACGCAUGCCGAGAAAACCCCCCAGGAUGAUGACGUCCCGGCGAAGGAUCUCGGGGAUCUCGAAAGCACGCCGCAGCUCUAUACUGAUUCGGCGGAGUUCCAUGAGCGGGAGCGCAAGGUCGUUCGGAAGCUCGAUAUCUUCAUUGCCCCGCUCAUGGGAGCCUUCAACUUCAUCUCGUACAUAUGCCGAUCGAAUAUCGGCUUUGCUGCAACGCAGGGAAUGGGCAAGGACCUCAACCUUGUUGGGUCCGACUUGAAUGCUGCCGUGUCUGUGUUCUAUGUCCUAUAUCUCCUAUCAGAACUUCCGAUUUCGAUGGUCGCAAAGCGGUGGAAGUUCGAGCGUGUCUUGCCCACCCUGACUAUCUGCUUCGGCGCCAUUACGUUGGGCGGCGGCUUCGUCCAAUCUUACGGCGCGCUGGCAGCCACACGACUGCUCCUGGGCCUGUUUGAGGGAUGCAUGUUUCCUUGUGUUGCCCUGUUUGUCGCAAACUGGUACAAGCGCGAGGAGAUGGCCGUCCGCAUGGCCUUCCUUUUCGCUUCGACGGCCAUCGCUGGUGCCUUUGGAGGGCUCCUGGCGUAUGCCAUCUACAACAUGGACGGUGUGGCGAACAUUGCCGGCUGGCGCUGGAUCUACAUCAUUGAAGGCAUUAUCACCAUCGUGUUCGGGCUGGCGUGCUACUACCUGGUGCCGUCGUCGUUCGAAAACGCGUACUUCUUCAACAACGAAGAUAAGGAGAUCAUGCGCUACCGCGCCGAGCUGACGCACCAGUACAGCGGCGGCAGCGGGCACUUCAAGAUGCGCGACAUCUGGAUCGCAGUCAAGGAUCCCAAAACUUGGUGUCACGGCUGGAUCCAGUUCUGUGUGAUCACGCCUCUCUACGCAUUCAGCCAAUUCCUCCCAAUCAUUAUCGAAGACGGCCUCGGUUUCAACACGCUUCAGGCGCAAUACCUCACGAUUCCCGUGCAGCUUUGGGGGGCAAUCAUCUACAUGUUCAUUGCGUGGCUCUCGGACAAGUACCGGAAACGAUUUCUGUUUAUGGCAAUCUUUACUCCCAUCUGCGCGCUGGGGUACCUGCUCCAGCUUUGCCCGAUCCCUGCCGGCGCCCAGUACUUUGCCACGUUCCUCAUCACCGGCGGUGUUUACAUCAUUUCGGGGAACAAUCUGGCCUGGGCAUCGUCCAACGCGGCUCCUGACGGAAAGAGAGGCGCCACUGUGGGCAUCGUCUUGACCCUCACAGAUUUGGCUGGCGUCAUUGUGGGACAAAUCUACCCGGCCAAAGACGCGCCUAGGUAUACGCUCGGGAAUGCCUGGACGUUCAGUGUUGUCAUGGUUGGGCUGAUCCUCUUCUGCGUCGUUACGCGGAUCUACAAGAGUAGGAACGCGGCCAAGGAGAGGCGGGCAGCCGCCGGCGAGGUGGUGCCCCCUGAGGAGUGGGAUGACCGCGCUCCGGACUUUGUUUACCAGACGUAG